AAUUCUAGGCUCCCCGUCUAUCUGAGUGGUAGAUGGCAAACUCGAUAGUUAUUAGUUUUGGGACUUUAGGGAUCUUGGAAUCUUACCGCCUCGGCAAUUGGAUAUAAUAUUCUUAGGAUCGCCCACUACAGCGCACUACAAGACACCCCGCCGAAGUCUAUGUCGUAAUAUUCGAUCAUAGACCUUCUUGUUCUACUUCACCGAUAUCGGUUUACUACGCCCAGCUCAGCGGGCUCGUUCAAUCUUGUCUGGUCCUCACUGCUUGGCACCAUAGAAGUUGUCGAAUAUGACUUUCAAGUCGGAAAAGAUAGACGACAGCACCAAUAACACCCAAUUGCGUGGGGAUGGGGCACGCCCAGAAGAUGAGGAGACUGCGUCGUCUAUAACCACCACAGACCGUAAUUUGGAACAUAGAUCUAGAUCUAUAGAUAUUAUCCCGGAGCAGCUCCUGACCCCGAAUGGAGUCCCAGCAGAUGAGGAGGCCGCCGCUGCUGCGCCGAAGGAACGGGCCGCAUCUAGAGCGUCAUCUGCUCGGUCUAGGCCGCUGUCUAUAGUGCCAAGAUUGGAACGACGAGGUCUCCUUGCGCAGUUGACCUUUGUCCCGGAGGUCGAGCACCCUUACGACUACCCAAACAGGAUCAAAUGGACAAUAACUGUCUUUGUAGCAUUGGCAGCGUGCGCCGCUCCGAUGGGCUCUGCCAUCUUCUAUCCUGCCUUGCCGGAAAUGUCGAAGGACCUCAACGCAUCGCCAACGAUAGUGAACCUGACGGUAGCGUUGUACAUGCUAGCCAUGUCCAUCUUCCCGCUCUGGUGGUCUUCGUUCUCCGAAACUCUCGGCCGUCGUAGCAUCUAUCUCUCAUCAUUCUUCUUGAAUGUUGUUUUCUCUCUACUGAGCGGCUUAAGUACUAAUAUCAGCAUGCUCAUUGUGUUCCGUGUCUUGUCGGGUGGGGCCGCCGCUUCCGUACAGGCCGUGGGGGCGGGGACCAUCGCCGACAUAUGGGAAUCUCGGGAGCGUGGCCGUGCCAUGGGCUUCUUCUACCUCGGACCAUUAAUGGGACCGCUUUUAGCACCCAUCUGCGGCGGAGCCCUCACAGAAGCUUUCGGCUGGAGGAGUACCGUGUGGUUUCUAACAGCAUACGGAGCACUCGUCUUUAUCCUCGUUCUAUUUUGCAUACCGGAGACUCUGGCCAAGCGUAAACCUGCGGCUGCCAUCGAACCGUCCAACUCGGAUGGCCUAACGCGGGUUUCUACCACACGCUCCGUGCAGGUGCACACUAAGAAAGCAGCCAUAUGGCUGAAACGAUGUUUCCUCGACCCGCUUGAGAUAAUUACGUACUUGCGGUUUCCUGCUGUAGCCAUAACUGUCUACUUCGCUGCUAUCACUUUCGGGUCAUUAUACGUACUUAAUAUUGCGAUCCAAUCCGCCUUCUCGCAGCCGCCUUACAACUUCCCAGCGAUCACUAUAGGGCUUUUAUACAUACCUGGCUCGUCGGGUUACUUUGUAGCGUCUAUCGUAGGCGGGCGAUGGACCGACCGGAUCAUGGUUCGAGCAGCGGAGAAAGCGCAACGAUACGAUGCCAACGGGAAGCUCAUUUUUCUCCCGGAAGACCGCAUGCGCGAAAAUACCUGGAUAUCUGCUACGCUGUAUCCCGGGGCAUUAAUAUGGUCUGGCUGGACGCUCCAAUACGGCAUCCACUGGACAGCGCCGUCGGUGGCUCACUUCUUUUUCGGCGUGGGCAGUAUGCUCGUCUUCAGUGCCGUCACCACCAUGCUCACCGAAUUCAUGCCGCGGCGCAGCAGCAGCGGCGUUGCACUCAACAACUUUGUGAGGAACAUCUUCAGCUGCACCGGUGGUAUAAUAGGACAGCCUCUCAUCGACGCUAUAGGCAUAGGAUGGCUGAUGACGGCGGUGGGGUUGAUCGCUUGGAUAAGCGGGAACGCGUGUCUGUGGUUCUUGAGGAAGAACAGUCGCAAGUGGAGGGAGCAGAUGGAUAAGGCUCUCAGUCAAUGAAUGAAAUAUACCUAUUUAAAAUCUAAUGGAGCUUGGCUAAAGCUCUGCUCCUA